UUCUAAAAAUAGAAUUAGAUUAAAACAAUAUGAGCACCAGCUCUAGAGCAACAAGAAUGACCAAUGCGCCUAUGAGAAAUGAAGGAGGUAUUGACCAAGAACCCCUUUCUUCUCAGAAGAAGGAAGCAAUGAGAAAGAUCUCUGAUGUCAGCAACUCAAUUAAUAACAUCUGUCUUAAGCUUUAUGAUUUAGUAAAGAUGAAGCUGGGUGAAAACUCAACUCCGAACACUAUCUCCCAGGAAAGUGACAUUGCUAUAGAAAGAGAAUUUGGAAGAGCUCUUGAAAACUUUGAAACAGAGUGUGACUCUCUUUCAAAUGAUAUUGAGAUGGAAAAGAAGGAAUUCAUCAAUUACUUCUUAAAAUAUGGAGCAGAAAACUCCAUUACAGAUAAGCUAGUCAAAGAUUAUAAGGAAAAAAGAGAGGAAAAUUUUAAGAAUAUAAUCAAUGAUCUUGAUGACACCAAGAGAGGCCUAGAGAAAGGAUUCAUAUAG